AAGAAGAAAAAAAUGUGAACAAGAAUUCAAUCAAUUUGCAGACAAUUUCUUUGCUUUUUAGUGAAAAGCCAUACCUUUUGCAUUUGUGUUGCCUUUCAUUUCAUUAAUAGUGAACGCAAUUUCAAUUGCGAUUAUAUAACACACCAUUCAUGUAAUUCUUCGCUUACCUAUUGUUUGCAUCUAUUUCUGAUCCAAAGAAGCAGAAGAAGGUGAAGAGCUAUUAGAAGAUAUGGCAUUUCAGGGGCCGUCUUAUGGAUUAAGCAGAGAGUGUCAAAAAAAGUCUCUGUUAAAGUUUGAUAUAAAUCUGGCUUUGGAGGCAUUGGAUUGGGUGCGAGCGGUCACUAAUCUGGCUCUGGAGGCGCCGAACGCCCAAAAAGGAUUUCAGGAUCAGUUUGAUUUCGCCGACUGUCUCAAAGAUGGUGUCGCUCUUUGCUGUCUCAUCAAUAUUCUGAGACCCGAUUCUGUGGUCAGAAUUAACGAAUCGAAAGCGCCGUUCAAACAGGUUAAUGACCUUUACGAAAGAAAGAAUCUGUAUAUGGUGGUCAACUGUUUGUUUGCUUUGGGAGGACUGGCGCAGAAAAACCGAUUCAGAGGACCAGUGAUUGGCGUCAAAAUUGCCGAACAAAACAGAAGAUGUUUUUCCAAAGAAGUCCUAAAUAAUAGCCAAUCGGUAAUUGGGUUACAAUACGGCACUAAUAUUGGCGCAAAUCAAUCAGGUAUGACACCCUAUGGCGCCCCCCGACAGAUCAUACCCGACUACCGAUGA